GAUAUAUGAAAAUAUUUCAGAUAUAGAAUACUAUGGACAGAUCUGUCCGGAGUAGAACAAGUUCAACUAGUUCUGUUAGAUCUCCAGUGGGUUCCUCUACUCCAGCUCCUACACCUAUUGGACAAGUUACUCCAGCACCAGCUAGACAUACUCAUAGAAAUAGAGUCCCAUCACCAGACCAGCUUACAGCUUCUCUUACCAGACUAAGGGCAGAACGUGGACUAUCUAACCCUGCUACUCCAGCUCCUACUCCUAACAGUAGUGCUCCGCUGCACCACCAUUCUCUUCAUCCAGACGCAAUACUUGCUGGAAUAUCAAGUAUAGGGGGAGACGAAGGAAUUGCAAGCGGAUCUGUUCCAGGUACUCCAGCACCUACUCCUUUCUCUCCUUCUCCUAGUGUAACACAGCAUAUACAGCCUGAGCAGAUAGCAGCGUCCAUAGCGAGGUUAAGAGAGGAAGGAAUACUAUCAUUGUCCAGUACUCAACCAACUACACCUUCAACUACUCCGGCAUAUCCCCCAUAUCAAGGACAAGUACUAGUAAACAACCUGGGAAUAAUACCUGAGCAUCUAGCUGAAGGUAUCGCAGGACUAGACGCUAGAAGAGACGAGGGACUAGAUUCAGGGAGUAAUCCUUGUACUCCUAUACCCACUCCUUUCUCUCCAUCUCCAGCACAGCACUCAGUUCUAGCAGAACAGCUGGCAGCUGGUAUUACCAGGCUGAAGGUCGAGGAAGGAAUGUCUAGUGGUGGUAGUACUGGAAUGCCGGCCACACCGGCACCAACACCGUUUUCACAUGGACCUGGUGGCGUUAGACCAGAGGAUCUGGCGGCGGGAAUAUCCCGCCUCUCCGUCAUUCAAGAGGCGACGGACUCAGCUCCGGCGGUGGCAAUAAAUGUGCUCGAUGCAUCUGGUGUAUCGGCGACUGGAAGCAAUCUAUCUAAUUAUUUCGGUAGUCCCGCCGGAGAUAAUAUAUUUGACCAGCUAGCUACGCCGGCCCCGGGGAAUGGAACUAGAUCAAGAACAAAUAGUAAUUCUGUAGAGGGGUUCCAUGACGUUACGAUUGAGACUCCGGCCAAAAGAUAUAUGAACAACUCCGGGUUAAGCAGUGCGUCUCCUGCACUCACCUUGCCCUGUCCAAAUGUAGGCGGAGGUACCACGCCCCUUCAGUUUGGAAUUCAUACUCCUAAUAGUUUCCCAUCCACGCCUCUCAACCCCAACUCUGAUCUUGUAUCCAGUACUCCCACGGAUCUCCUGUCUCCGGCUAGCACCAUCUCGGCGUAUGCUACCCCUGAAGCUCCGACUCCGGUUGUAGAGUCUAAAAAUGAUAUCUCCAUGUACAUGGAUAGUGCUGAUACUACACCCCAGGCUACGCCUGUUAAUAAACCUAGUUCAAACCUUGUUCUAGCUCCUCCUCCGUCUUCUGUCAACAGACCUGAAUCUCCAGCAUGUAUUAAGUCCAGUAGUAACCAGGAACUGGAUGCUUGGAUACCUACUCCUGCUUGUAAUGAGGUGCUGGAUAGUAUGGCAACCACUCCUGGUACCUACUACCCCACCAGGGACCAACUGACCUGUCCUGGUGUUUCCCCGGGUAGUGAACAGGGAGACCCGGUUAGAGACCUUGUGGCGAAGUACCAGGGCGAAGGAGAGGCGUGUAAAAGGCGGAUUCUUGCGGCCGAUGGUGUAACUACAGAUACACGAGGACUCCAGCAGUUGAUUGCGGCCGGGAACUACAGAGCGGCAAUCAACCUGACCGCUCAGCUACUAGAGAUGUAUGGUCAGGGUAAGGGUAAAGUAGGUCAACUAUCUAAACAUUCUCCGACUAGUUUACAAAUCUGGUUCACAAGAUUAGCUCUCCUGGUCAAACUUAAGCUUUUCACCGUAGCAGAGUCGGAGGUCAGUCAGUUCGGCGACCUGGAUAAACCAGAUCUGUUCUACCAGUACUAUACAGAGCUUUACGGAGGUCGGCGAGGAAGUAUGGUUCCAUGGAGUCUAAGAUUACUUGCUGCUCAAAUACCAGGUCUCAACGGUAAACCGAUACAGAGCUUCAACAAACUCUUUACCCUUCUCUUUUCUGUGAGAGAGAUAUUAAAGAACCUGGAGAAGGGAAUGACCGCGGACGGUAAUGUUUGGUUGGACGUGGAUGAAGAAGAGAAAAAAAGAGCCGAAGAAUGCUGGGCGGAGAGAGAACGACAAGUUCUCUAUUCUCUCAUUAACAAUUCUAUACUAAGCGCUGAUUAUGAUUCCGCGAUCAAAUGUCUGGAUCUUUUACUUCCGGUUGAGAAGGUGGAGCGUAAGGGUGCUCUUCAUGCUGCCUAUGGACGAUUAUAUCUCCAGUUAGGAAAUAUCUCGAAAGCGGACGAAUGUUUUGUUGAAGCGAGUAAACUGCGGGAUAAUUCAAACCCUCAGGAUCAGUUAGAGGGGUAUCUGGACUCAGCCUUCCUUGCAAUAGGUCAAGGUUUGUUUGAAUCAGCCCUUGAGAGAUUCCAGAGUGCUCUAGUUCUAUCCAGUGGAAAGCAGGAUAGGAUUAUUCGGAACAAUAUCUCCGUAUGCCUUCUAUACCUGGGUAGGUUGAAGGAGGGACUGGAGAUAUUAGAGAACUCGAUAACCUCUGACACUGCUAAUAUUCAGGGGAACCCUAUUCUAAACCUAUGUACCCUGUAUGAGCUAGAGUCUAGCUAUGCUUUACAGAAGAAAAUUGGAAUGCUAGGAUUAGUUGCUAUUCAUUCUCCAGACUCGUUCCCUACAUCAUCCCUCAAACUAUAAUUUUCACAUCAUCUUGAUUUUGAUUAAUCUGCAUUGUUAUAGUUCUACAGUUAAACGCAGAAUUUUUAAAAUAUCGGCUUGACAUUUUUUCAAUGGGUCUUAUACUAUUAUACUAUUAUACCUAAACAUGAAACAUGCGGGAAUAUUUUUAAAAAGCUCCAUAUAUAUAUUUAACUAAAAAACUAAAUAUCUGCAUCAUUUCAUUAUCAAUAGGUUUAAAAAUCGAAAUUUUGUAAAUUCUUUCGAUCCCUCCGAAGUUCUGGGUUAUAAACUGUAGAAAGCUUUUUAUUUUAACACAAGGAAUAUUUAGAAGCCCUUGAUAGUUUGUCUAGUUCGUGUAUUGGCCCAGUGCUCCAGUAACAAGAGUUACCGAUCUAAAACAACAAAGUCCUAUUUCAUAUUUAUUCACUUCAAACACUGAGCACUCAGAGCAAUUUCGGGGAUAACAGAUGUUGGAAUUAUAAAUAUAAAAUCAACCCUGGGCAACGCUUGGCAUUACUGCUUGUAUCUUCCAUAAGCUUACUAAAGAUACCUGAAACUAUCUUAACUAGAAUGCCGAGCCAAAAACCUCAGAUUGCUGUAAGUGUACAGUGUAUAUAAUCUGUUCACUUGUGUAUUUUUUAGGUGAUUUUUCGAUAAAUAGUGAAUGAAAUAAUUUAAAUCCAUCAAAGUUAGAUUUGGCAUUUUCCCUUAAAUCGGAAAUGUGCUGGCAGUCAAUAUUGUUUCACCUUUGUUUUUUUUAGAAGCCGCCUGAACAUAAGUGUCAGAAGAGUUAGAACUGAACCUUAACGCAACGGGAAAUUGUCAAAUGCUAAACAAAAUAUUAUCUUGUAUUUAUUCAAUGUUUUCUUCUGAUUGUGAUAGAAUAAAAUAUAAUGGAAUUAUCUAUU